CCUUUUCUUAUUUGUGUUCCUUCAUGCUUCAAACUUGCAGACGAUGUCAAUUCAUCUUGAUUUCUGACAUCUCUCAGCAAUUCGCUCUGCAAUAUACUUCUCGACGUUUCAGGUCUGGAGGUCAGGAACAGAAGGACAGUCAAAAAGUUCGACAUUGGCACACCUCAGAAUCGCGGCGAGCUCACCCAUCACCCUCGUCAUCGAAAUCGACAAAAGUCAACAAUUCUUCAUUCUUAUCGACAAAACCACCCAGGCCGGACGAGGUACCUUCCUACCUGAACCCACAUGAUCCACAAAGCAUUGUACAAUUCUUCCGAGUCAAAGCCCCACCUUGGGCAGUGUCUCCGCAUGUUCAACAACGUCUCAUUCAGUUCGGGAUACCCGAGAAGGAGGCACAAAUACUGCUACGAGCGUUCCGCCACUUUGCAGAGAAAAGGGAACAAAUAACGCCAGAAGCUUUUCACCGCUAUGCCAUGGUACGCUUCGCCAAAAUCUCACCCACGGAUACCCCAUCAGAGUACUACGACAUGACCAUGACCAGCGUUUUCUAUGCCUGGGCUACAGAUACCACCCGCUUACCAUCUUCCAAAUACUCAACUCGUGAAACUCACCUUACAUCCCUCGGAGUUUCAUCGAGCACGUUAAAAUCCAUGACCUUGUUCCGUCAAGCUACUUCCAUGCCCUUCCCUGCCGACCGAUAUCCCUCAGCACGUCUGAUGUCUCGCAAAAUCAUCAUGCACGUUGGGCCGACCAAUAGCGGCAAAACUCAUAAUGCCUUGCGCGCGUUAGCUGCAGCAGAGAGGGGUAUUUAUGCUGGACCGCUGCGUUUACUCGCUCACGAAAUCUGGGAGCGGCUGAACACGGGAAAGAUCGUACCUUUGGGCAUUGAGGAGAGUGACGAGACACCACAUUCUGCCCCAUCAUCAUCCAACCUUCCAGUCAACCGUUCCUCAACACUCGGAAAUCCGAAAUAUGCACGUACUUGUAAUAUGGUAACGGGGGAAGAGCGAAGGAUUGUCAGCGAAGACGCUCCACUUCUUAGCUGCACGGUGGAAAUGAUGGCCGUGACCGCAGAGCAUGAAGUUGCUGUGAUAGAUGAGAUUCAGAUGGUCGCGGAUGAGUCAAGAGGGUUUGCUUGGACAGAGGCUCUUCUCAGCGUUCAAGCGAAGGAGGUUCAUUUAUGUGGAGAAGAAACAGCGGUCCCCAUCGUUCAAGAACUCCUCAAAGGAACCAACGACGAGCUGGUCGUCAAUCGAUAUGAACGAUUAACGCCUCUCACAGUCGAAGAGAACAGUCUUGACAGCGAUUACUCGAACGUGCAAAAGGGAGAUUGUAUCGUUGCGUUCUCAAGGACAAGGAUCUUCAGGAUAAAAAAGAAGGUUGAGGAGAAAACGGGCAUGAAAUGUGCAGUUGUCUACGGCCAGCUUCCGCCUGAGCUCAGAAGCAGGCAAGCGGAUCUAUUCAAUGAUCCUGAUACUGGAUACGACGUUAUUAUCGGAAGCGACGCGAUUGGGAUGGGUCUAAACUUGAAAAUACGGCGCGUCGUUUUCGACGCCCUGGAAAAGUUCAAUGGCGAGAUAAUGCGACCCCUCAGCAUUUCACAAACGAAGCAAAUUGCAGGACGUGCUGGCCGAUUUGGACUGGAAACCGAAGGUGGUUUCGUGACGACCCUUCAACCACAGGACUUGCAGAUCCUCAGAGAGACCCUGUCGUACCCCAAUCCACCCCUUCACUCAGCACGCUUCUCUACGAAUUCCAAUUCGCUCGAAGCGGUCAGCCGGAUUUUGCCUGCACACGCGAAAUUGGACACGAAUCUGAUUAUAGAGGCGCACCGAUAUAUUGGCAUUUUAGGCGGUGGAUCCGACGAAACUGCAGAGAGCACGACAAUUUCUCCUGGUUGGAUUCGCUAUGCUGACACUCCCAUAAUUGGGAAGGACGGAACAGUCGCUAGUAUUCUUGAUCGACUCUGCGAUUCCGCGACCCCUGCGAUUCAGGGCGAGACGGACGAGACGGACGAAUGGGCCAGUCGAGGGCCAUCAUUCGCGGAUCGGUUGCUCCUGAUACUAGCUCCUAUUCCCUGGAAGGUCGUCGAGUGCCGCUUGUUUUACGAAAACUUGAUCAAGAACUUCCUUGUCGAUUAUAGCGUAUCCGUCAAGGAACUACUGGAAGUCCCCGGCGAAUGGUUCCUUGACGCAUUGAACGAUGUGGAGAAAGACAUGGAGCGGGUGUUGGUAAAAAAGGGAAAGUCCAAACCCGUUCCGCACGAAGUAAUAAAGAAGCUAGAAGCAUUCCAUCGCGCCUUGGGACUGUAUAAUUGGUUGUCGCUGCGGCAACCAGUGGCUUUCUUCGACACCGAGGCAGUUGAGGAGUUGAAAUUUAGGGUGGAGAAAGCGUUACAGUGGGGCCUGAGCACUAAUACACUGGCGGGUUCGAAGAGGAGGGCGCACGGGACAAUGACGAGAGAUAUGGAGGCGUUGAGAAGUGAAGUCAAGAUUAAGUGGACACCUCAGGAGAGGUCUGCACGCAGGAGUUCACAAAAGACGGUGAUUAGAUUAGAAUAGAUCUUAAAUUAUAGCGUUAUUACUACUUGAUCAUUUAAUGUUUACUCUACUAGCUCAUGAUGCUCAUAGUCAUGCUUAAGCGCCUCUCUAUGUGUCUCUCGGUACCCAUUCAAUUUACAUUUCUCAAGGA